UUCGCACCUCGCGCACAAAUGGCUAAACAGACGCAGAUAACUGAAAGGGUGAAGAGGUUGAAGAGUUUGUAGAAUCGCCUUUUGAGGACAAGAAUUAAACUGACAGACCUAAAACGUGAUGAAAAUGUCGAGUUGCAUUACACAUUACACCGCGAGGACGGUGAGAGUUAAACGAAGACUUUGGAUUGUGCGCAAACGCGUCACGUGGGGAACCUGAGUAGUUAGUUAGAUUAAGAUUGUGUGCUUUAAUUAACACAUCAUUUCAAUAUUCCCUCCAAUUGUUGUUGCUACUACUGCUUAGCUGAUCCACAUUCAACAUUAGGAAAGAAAGUAACCAUAUGGUCGCUGUUUGCUGAAGUGUGACCUCGCACCUGGACACCGUGGCGCAUGGACACACUUGUGGACGCGUCAAAGAGCAAUUUGGCCCCCCGCUUCCAGGACCCCGAUAAAUAGGCGCUUCCUAACCUCAGUCCCACAUCCUCUGGGGAACUUAACGCUGGACCACACGGAACCAUGGACACUUCCAACAACAGCAGCAGCGGAUUACCUUCUGCCUGUCCUGGAGGCGACGCGCCUCAGCAGCCGGGUCCUUGGUGGAGACCGUGGAUCGGAACAAAGGACACACGCGGGGCACGCAUUGGUCACUGCAACGACGGAGACAUUUCGGCUCCACAACACCACAAAGUCCCUCAGGUCGUUCACCCGGUGAAGUUGUUCUGGCCCAAAUCGCGAUGUUUCGAUUAUCUGUACCAGGAUGCCGUGAUGCUCCUGCGCAACUAUCCGGUCCAAGCGACCAUCUCCCCGUACGGGGACUCCAGCAGCGACGAAGACAGCGACGAUGAAGAGGAGGAGACGGAGAAGGAGUUGAACUAAGCGCGUCUCUCUCUCUCUCUCUCGAGGCUUUAAAGACCCAAUGCUGUAUAAUCUAUUAAUAUAUUUCUUUUAACUUAUUACUGUGUAUAUAUAUAUAUAUAUAUGUAAAUAUACUUUCUCACGUAUUUACCAAACAAGAAUGUGAAUGCUUAAGUUAUUCUUUUAACACUUCUACCUCUUUUGUACUUUUAUAUAAGAAAAAAACUGCAAUAAAGUGCAUUCAAUGAAUGUCGUUGUCUGUUUAAUAAUUUAGGUGAUUGAGGCUUUGUUCUGGAGAAAGUUACACGUGUACUGU